CUUUUCGUCGGCCCUUUCCUGCCUCUUACCCGUUGCUCGCGUUUUCCUUCCGUCUCUCAAUUGACCUUGUAGGAUACAAAAGGAUAGCUCCUUCUUCUCUCGCCCACCUCUUACUGGCGGCGCCUUCCCUCCCUCUUCCUUACCAAAGUUCAUCCACUCUCCUGCCGCAGCUCGUCUAGUCUCUGUCUCUGGGACAACCUCAACUUCCUUCCUGCUACACAUACCAACCUGAACUCUUACAUGUCUGCUUCCUGCCAUCUCGUCAGACGCCUUCACACUCUUCCAUUAACUGCUCAGUCUCCCAUUUGGUCCUGAACAGCUUCUUCCUUCUUUCAACCAACCUGCCCCAACCCACCAUCACUCGGGUCUAGCCAUCUCGACCUACCAAUCACCAUCUACUAUUCAUCACCACCCAGUCGUCGCCAUCUUGUUCACCUUUACAACCGCCUCGCCAAACGACUGGCCUCAAACUCUACCAGACAACACGUCCAUCUAGCCACUGGACUUCGCGACCAACGUCUUGCUCAACUACUAACACAUCGUGAUUCGUAAAAGAGUUACUUGAAUCUGAAGUCUGAACUUACCUUGCGCAGGUCUAACAAUACAGCCAUGUCUCCUUUCGGUCACUCCUUCUCCGCUGGCUCCCCCGUCAUGGCUCUUCCUCCUCAGCCCGCCCAUCAAGCGAGCUUCGGCAUGGAAUCUUUCUCUCCCCAAGCCACACCCUUUGGCCAGCCCACCGCCUUCAAACGCUGCCCUGCACCGCCGGCAAUGCCCGCCGGAAGCCUUCGAGUCGCUGGUCGCAAACGUUCGCGCGACGAGGCUGCCCCCAACCUGGUUACCGACGAGCCUGAGCCUCACACCGCACCCAAAGAACCCGAAGAAGAGUGGGAGUACGGCCCUGGUAUGGUUCUCAUAAAGAAGGGGAGCUACGUCGCGGAUGCUGGCAGUCAAUCUGGCACCUGGGUCGAAGAGAAGGCUGCGCAAGAUGACGCUCGCAAAACACAAGAGGCCAUCACACGUCUCCACGAGCAGCAAGAACGUCCAUCUCUACGCAGCAACAAAUCCCAACGCCUUACCCAGGCCGUCAUGCCAAAUCUCCAUGCGGCCCAGCCAGCUAUGGCAUCCACAUCCACAACUCUUUCAUCGGAGAGCUCUGCGCAACCAAUCGUCGACCAAUUCACCCUUCACCUCGGCAUUGGCUGGAGACGCAUCAGCGAAGACCAACACAUCCAAGCCGCGGCACGCGGCUGGGCCCGAUUCAUUGAGAACCACUACCCUGUGUCCAACGCCAUCAUCCGGCUGGAGAGCAAGGGCCUACAAUCGUACCUCGUCGAAGCUGCGGAAGGUUUCUUCCUCUUCGCAGAGAACCUCCGUCAAGGCCGCUUUGUUAGCAGAGACGUCGAGGGCGCUAUGCGAAAUCUCCAGUGUUCGCCUCCCACAUUCGAUGGUCAAGAGACAUUGCUUGCGACCGAGUCUCCCGCAGCAGUAGAACCAGCCAACAUGAUGGAGGCUGACAGCAAUAUGGUCAUGUAAAGCGUCCACACGACAAACAACGGCUCGUUCGGCUCUAUAUCAUUUUCUUUGGAAUAUCAUUACAAAACGGCAAGGUCUGGGGAGGCGCAAUGGUUUUUUUUUCUCAAGAGGUUCGCUUGGUUGGGUCGGGUUGGAUGGGUUGAGUACCUGACUGAGGGAGGAUACAUCAUAUCAUCACGGCAAGCAAACGAAGGCCGGUCAGCGGAGAAAAGGAAUUCUUAGUCUGGGCACAUCAUCAACUAUCGAAACCUGUCUUGACAGACUAGUCUGGUCUCUUUCUGCUUAUUUCGCGUUUAGCUACCGCAUUGGAGAGGCCGAUAUGCGAUAUCAGCAAGC